AUAAAUAAGGAACAGGUCAUUUUUAAACUGUAAGAUCAGUAUGUACAAAAAUCACAUAAACUUUUAAACUUAAAACAUUUCGUGGUGAUAGGAAUGCCAUUGUUGUUAUCAUCAUAACAACUGAACACACACUACUGCUUAACAGAAAUGGGGGGGGGAGAAGAAAUUUCCCACCAAAAAGUAAUGAAAAGAAAGUUAAUACAGGACUUCCAUAAAAACAGUUUUGGACUUCAGCCAGAAAGCUUUUUGCUUGGACCUGGUUAAGUCUUCCUAAGGGAAGCAUUAUUUUUUUGUUGCAGAGGCUCAAGUCUCUAUUUUUAGAGCACAUCAUAGUCAAUGAAUUUAGCACUUUCACAUUUGAACCAACAGUUUAUUAAUAUUUUUUUCAGGCCUUCUGUAACACCACAUGGUAGUUUAUUCACUUAAUAAUAAUUUUGUAAAUUGUCAUGCCUGUCAUUAAAUGGGGUUUACCCCAAAUAACCUCUUGGAUUUGACAAGUAAGGCUCAGCUAUUCCACAUUGUGCAUUAACUGUGUGACCUUCUUGUUUCCUUUCAAGCCCUCUGUUCAGUGGAGUGUUCAGCACUGUGAUCAGAGGGCCCUUGUGUGGGAGGGGAGGGAGAGCUGUGUGUAGUGGAGCUCAACAGGCUGGAGAACCAGCUAAUGGGAACAUCAUGAAGUGACAGAAAGGUGAAUGCAAAGCCCAUCAGAUGGGAGGAAUAGCCCCAUGUACCAGCACAUGAUGGUCAUUGAGCAGCCAGGCUGAAUCUCUGCAGAGAAGGCCCUGGUGGAGGUGGCCAUGACCUGGCAGUGAGUUCUGGCAGCAAGGAAGGGCAAGGAAGGUCCUUUCCCUCUGCUCAGCACUGGCAAGGCACACCUUGAGUGUGGGGUCCCAUCCUGGGCUCCUCAGCAGGAAAAGAUGGGAACACACAGGGUGGACCCAGCAGAGGCCACCAGGAUGGCUGGGAGCUGGAGCACAGAGCACAUGGAGAGAGGCUGGAGCACAUGGAGAGGGGCUGGAGCACAUGGAGAGGGGCUGGAGCACAGAGCACAUGGAGAGAGGCUGGAGCACACAGCACAUGGAGAGGGGCUGGAGCACAGAGCACAUGGAGAGAGGCUGGAGCACAGGACACAUGGAGAGGGGCUGGAGCACAGAGCACAUGGAGAGGGGCUGGAGCACAGAGCACAUAGAGAGGGGCUGGAGCACAGGGCACAUGGAGAGGGGCUGGAGCACAGAGCACAUGGAGAGGGGCUGGAGCACAGAGCACGUGGAGAGGGGCUGGAGCACAGGACACAUGGAGAGAGGCUGGAGCACAGAGCACAUGGAGAGAGGCUGGAGCACAGGGCACAUGGAGAGAGGCUGGAGCACAGAGCACAUGGAGAGAGGCUGGAGCACAGGGCACGUGGAGAGGGGCUGGAGCACAGAGCACAUGGAGUGAGGCUGGAGCACAGAGCACAUGGAGGGGCUGGAGCACAGGACACAUGGAGAGGGGCUGGAGCACAGGGCACAUUGAGAGAGGCUGGAGCACAGAGCACAUGGAGAGGGGCUGGAGCACAGGGCACAUGGAGAGAGGCUGGAGCACAGAGCACAGGGAGAGGGGCUGGAGCACAGGGCACAUGGAGAGAGGCUGGAGCACAGAGCACAUGGAGAGGGGCUGGAGCACAGAGCACAUGGAGAGAGGCUGGAGCACAGGGCACAUGGAGAGGGGCUGGAGCACAGAGCCAUGGAGGGGGGCUGCAGCACAGAGCACAUGGAGAGAGGCUGGAGCACAGAGCACAUGGAGAGGGGCUGGAGCACAUGGAGAGGGGCUGGAGCACAGGGCACAUGGAGAGAGGCUGGAGCACAGGGCACAUGGAGAGAGGCUGAGGCACAUGGGCCAUCCAGCCUGGAAAGGGGAAGGAUUCAGAGGGACAGCCUGAAAGAGAUCCUCUGCAAUCUGUAGUGAGAACUUGUGGAGAAGAUGGAGCCAAACUCUUCCUUGGGUUGCACAGAAAAAGGACAAGAGGCAGCAGACAUAAGGUGCAACAUAGGACACACCCACCAGAUUUCAGGAAAAAAUGAUCACCCUGAAGGUGGUCAGACACAGGGUUCAGGAAUCUGUGUCAUUGUCAUCCCUAGAGAGAAGCAAAACAUGACUGGACAAGGCAGGAGAAACCUGGUCAAAAUUUUGUCCUGCUCUGAGCAGAAAUUAGGUGACCCCAGGGAUCUCUUCCAUCCUGAAUUAUUCUGGUUCUCUGAUUCACACCUCUUCACCAAGCUGUGGGUUUUUAUAACAUGCCCAAGUCACUUGAAGUAUCACAUCCAAGCCCCUGAAUCACAUCUGUGUGACCUACUCUAACCUGACCUAACAUUUGAUCCUAAAAGUGCCUCAUAGCAAAGAAAAGAGUGGGGACGUUCAGUUCUUGGUAACAAAGUGUUUAUAGCACUGAGUAUUUCAUUUGCUAAGAAAAGAGCUGAAUCUGCCUUUGCACAGGAGUGCUCAGCAGCACCACUGCUUUUGCAGCAAUGGGAAGGUGCUGGGCUCUGUGGGGAGAUGCAAAUCCAGAUUAACACUUUAAUCCACCACAAAUGGGAUGGAUAACUUCCUGGGGGUUUAGAUGUCACCAAUCAAAGUGGAGUCACAUCCACUGCUCUGCAGUCAGGGCAGACAAAACCCCACCAGGUACAACUGAGCCCCUUGCUCUCAGGACUGAAAAGUUAAUAAGCAAAUGCUACACACCACCAGCACAGAGGGAAGGGCUCUGGGGAGGGCAGGACACAGGUCACUGAUGACAGAGUCAGGAAAGUUUUGGAAGAGCUGAGCAGCUCUGGUAAUGCAGCCCAAAGCAGCCCCACAAAGAAAACAUUGUCAGGGGCUUUUCCACCAGCCAGCUGAAGCCAAUAUAGAAAUAUUAAAUAAGAAACCAAUGUUAGACAAAUUCACUGGAGACAGUUUGGCUUUUUGUUAUUUGAUUUUCCAAGGGUGGGGAGUUAAUUUAUUUUUCUAUUUUUAAAGACUUUUUUCCCUCUGCAAGAAAACCUCCACAAACCACAGAGUGAUAGCAAUAGAAACACACGAGCAUAGGAGCUCACCAGUGGUUUGUGGUGGAUUCCCUUUCACUGUCAGAUUUUAAACUGAGAUUGGAGAACUUAGAACUGAUGCUGUGUUUUACAGAGGGAUUAAUUCUGGGAAGUCCAGAGUCUGAUUAUACCAGGUCAUUUGACCAGACAGCAAAGAUUUAUUCUGGUUCACAAGAAAAGGUUAGCUUGUUGACAGAGAGAUGAAACAUGGGAAGAGGGAGUGUGGGGGCACUGAGCACUGAGGCAGAAACAGCCACACAUCCCCUUGAGAAAACAGAAUCCUCAGGGGGAGGAAUGAAAGAUUUGAGAAACAAGACCCUGUAUUUACAGCCCAGAGAGCAAACCAUGUGCUGGGCUGCAUCAGAAGUGGUGCAGCCAGCAGAGCAGGGGAGGUGGUUCUGCCCUUCUUCUCCUCUCUCGUGAGCCCCCACCUGCAGUGCUGUGCCCAGCUCCGGGGUCCUUGACCCAGGAGAGACACGGAUCUGUUGGAGUGGGUCCACAGGAGGCCACAGAGGGCUCCAAGGGCUGGAGCACCUCUGCUGUGGAGACAGACUAGAGAGCUGGGGCUGUUCAGCCUGGAAAAAAGGCUCCAGGGAGACCUUGGAGCACCUUUCAGUACCCAAAUGAAGCUUACAAGAAUGAUUGGGACAGAAUUUUCAGCAGGGCCUGCAGUGAUGAAAGGUGUAAUCAUUUUCAAUUAAAAAAGAGUAGAUUUCAAUUAGACAUAAAGUAGUUUUUUAGCACUUAGUGCUGUGGUCUCGUUGAGAGGGUGAUGACUGGUUAAAGGUUGGACUUGAUGAUCCUGUAAGUCUUUUCCUACAUAAACGACUCUGAUUCUGUGAUAGCAGGAGCGUGGUGAGGCACUGGAACGGGUUAUCCAGGAUGCCCCAUCCCUGGAAGCGUUCGGGGCCAGGCUGGACAGGGCAACCUGAUGUAGUGACAGUGAUCCUGCCCAUGCGAGGGUGCAACGAGGUCCAGCCUCAAGGUCCCUUCCAGCCGAGCCAUCCCGAGACUGUGUUGCAGAGCCCGAGUCGUGUCUGCUUCACCCGCCACCGGGAAUCGCGUAUUCAAAGCUGAAGUGUGGUUCCCAAGCCUUUCCCUCGCUUUCUCAAGUGUCCAGGUGCCCUUUAGCUCCUUGCUGAAGCUCUCCUUACAACAGAGUCUGAAAAUCUUGCUCAAUCAAGGAUCUAAAAAUGCAGUAAGAAAACACUAUGAGAAAGUUUGGAUGGCUUUUGGGCUGGAGCUAAGACAAAAGGAGGGACAGAGAAUCCAACGUGCACUGGAGAGCUGACAUCUCAAAUUGCUUCUGCAGCACUCCCUGAGCCAUAAAUCAGACUGUUCAUGAGGGGGCUGCUCUGCCAAUAUACAUAGAGAGAAAUACUAGAUGGAAAGCAGCAAAUCUGCAUUAGAUCCAUCUCUAGCAUAGCAGAAAUCCUUUACUCCAGUUAGAUGAGAGAAACUGAUGUUUGCAAACCACAGAAGGUUUGGCAAGGGUAAAAUUGUACAUGCUAAUGAGCCCCCAAAGAAUUUUGACCUGUGAAGGAUAUUUAAAUACUGAGAAAGAUUUAUAUCCAAUAAUACACAAAAGUGGAAGUGAAUGCAGGAUAUGGGGAACUAGAAACAUACUCCAAACAUCUUCCUGCUCACAUCAGCAUUGAGAAAUAAUUCAAGAAAAUACCAAAUAAAUAAGCAGUGAGAAAAGUGAGAAUCCUUAGCCAGAGAAACUCCCUGGUAUGAUCUGUCACUGUCUGCAUUUGGUAUUUAAAAUCCUUAUUGCUACAAAAUGCUGUACUAGGUCCUUGCACAGACUCUGCUCUGGAGAACUUGUGGUCUGCCCAGUCACUGUCAAGGAGGUUUUAAGUUACAGUGGCACAAGAGGCAAGUGAUGGAUUAUUGAUAGACUGGGCAUUAACUGAACACAGAUUUCUCAAGCCUCAGGUCGAUGAAACAACCACAGGCCAUCAGUCUCUCACCACCACUAUGCAGAUGUGCUCACCCUCUAAAUGAUAUUUCACCAAAAUGGUUUGCAAUAAAACUUCCCCAUUAAUCCUUUUCAGACCACAAUGUCAUGAAGUCAGAGGUUUUCCCAACCAGUUUUCUGCCUGCCUGCAACACCAGCCUGAUGCAAAAGAAGAUUCCAUCCAGUGAAGUCACAGCAAUAUGUUCAUUAUCUGCUACUAGAGCAGGCAGUUGCCAUUCCCUCCGUGCAUAUUUGCAGACAAUGCACAAAUCCAUGUCUGUAAUUGCAUUGAGUCUGGCUGAGCUGGAGUUCAUUUCCCCUCAGCAGCCCUCACAGUGCUGGGCUUUGCCCUGGGAGCUGGAAAGGUGUUGAUAACAUGCCCAUGUUGUGGUUGCUGCUGAGCAGGGCUGGCACAGCACCAGCACUGUCUCAACAUUCUGGGAGUGGGCAAGGUUCUGGGAGGGGACACAACUUAAUUUACCACAGGUAUAUUCUAGACCCUGUGAUGUCAGCUCAGAUACAAAGCCAAGGAAAGGAGGAGGGAGGAAGGACAUUUGUUAUUUACAAUGUUUGUUUUCCAGAUCAAUUUCCUCACCUGCUGAAGCCCUGCUUCCCAGGAAGUGGCUGAACAUCUCCUGAUGAUGGGGAGUAGAGAAUAAAUCUUAUUUUUUCCUCUUUGCUUGUGCAUGCACAAAUUUUUGCUGUUGCCUUAGUAAACUGCCUUAUCUCAAUCUACAAGUUUUCCCCCUCAGAUUUGAACAGUUACACACCACUGUUAUAAACAUGUCAUAACAAUUCAUUAAAGAGUGUAAUAACCAAUUUAUCUCAGCAAAGAGAACAGUGGAUCCAGAAGGCAACCUCUUUCUUGGGAGUUCAGUAAAUAUGAUCAAGGACACUUGCCAAUGUCCACAUUUAAUUCACAAACUCAAAUCCCAAUUCCUCUGCUAGUCAGUUUGACCACUGCUGCACACCACACCUAUUCACCCCAAUUAAAGGGUCAUUAAAGGAAAUUCUUAAAGCAAAAGCUUAAAAGGAACAAGUUCUGCCACUUUUAAAGCUUUUUAUUUGGUAUUUGGCUUUAAGCAGAAGAAGGAAAAAUUUGCAACAGAACCUGGUUUAUUUGUUAUUUUAAAAGCAUGUCAAGGCAGAGGGUUGUCUUCAGCCACCUGUUGGAACACUCGACACUAGAGAGCAGAUUCAGCAUUUGCAUGUUCCCA